UGCGCAUGCGUAGUGCUCACAGCUUUCGGGGCCUGCAGUAGUGGGGCCAUCAGCUCGUCAUGGCGCGGUUCGGUGUGUUCUUGCUCCCGCUGUUACUAUCGUUCGCCGUUCAGUCCGUCGUGUCGAUCUCGUUUUACCUGCCGGUGCGCAGCAGAAAGUGUUUGCGGGAGGAAAUUCACAAAGACGUGCUCGUUACCGGCGAAUACGAUAUCAGCGAGCAGCCCAACGCGAAAACCAACCUGAAGAUCACGGAUUCAUCCGGACACAUCCUCUACUCAAAAGAAGAUGCAACUAAAGGCAAAUUCGCCUUUACCACAGAGGAUUAUGACAUGUUUGAGGUGUGCUUUGAGAGCAAAUCUCCCAUAGGAACUGGAAGGGUUCCAGACCAACAGGUCAACUUAGACAUGAAACAUGGCGUUGAGGCCAAAAAUUAUGAAGAGAUUGCCAAGGUAGAAAAACUAAAGCCCCUGGAGGUGGAGCUCCGUCGGCUGGAGGAUCUGUCCGAGUCCAUUGUCAAUGAUUUUGCUUAUAUGAAGAAGAGAGAGGAGGAGAUGAGAGACACGAACGAGUCCACCAACACACGUGUGCUGUACUUCAGCAUCUUCUCCAUGUGCUGUCUCAUUGGUCUGGCUACGUGGCAGGUGUUCUACCUGCGCCGUUUCUUUAAGGCCAAGAAGCUCAUUGAGUAAAAUCUGCCUGAACAAUCAGGGACCCAGAACUUCUUCCUUACAUCAGAACCUCCGGCCCCUGACAUUUGCUUUGCCUCGGCAAUUCGUUCAUGUUGCCGCUGGCGACCUGAAGUUUAUCGGAAGUGGACGUGCAUCAGGGAAUUCUCUGGGAAUGAUUGAUGCUUGGCGGCCAAAUUGUCUUUGAUACAAACUCGCUCAGUAUAGUUUGGGAAAACAUCUAAAGUUUUUUUUUUGUUUUGUUAUUUUUGCGAUGUUUUGUAUUUAUAUUAAAUGACAGCACAAGCCCCUGUAACAGUUAAGAGAUCUGAAACUGUUCCGUGAGAGAAACUAAGAACUACUUUUGUUUUUCAUUGAAUGUGUGUGAGAUAAUUACAAUUAAUUCAUUGCUUACAUUUAAUCUGUUUUGGAGAAAGUCUGCUAUUAUUUGGAAAGAAUGAUUGUGUCAGCCUUUGCUUGCAAAGUUCUUAUGAACAGAUUGUAGACUGAUGUAUUUAACUGUCUUAUUCUUUAUAAAAACGUCAUGUUUGGACUUGCAAGGCCAUUUUAAUAUUCAAAUUGAAGUCCCACACCCUAAGAUUGAAGAAAGUAAACAUCAGCGCUUCAAGCUGUCGUCUAUCAUUCUAACUUUAAGAAAUGGAUUUACUUAAUUUUUUAACUGUUUUAUUUUGUAAGACAGCAUCUCUUUUUAGUUUGUGUAUGUGUACAAUCUCGUUUAUGGGAAAGUUUAAUUUUGUUUUCUUGAUUUUUAGUUGUUGGUUUCGCCACAGAUUAAAAUAAACCUUCAGUCCAAAAGAACUUGUAGUAGGCUUAUGGUUAAAGUUGAUUUAAAAUACCAUUGCUGGUCUGUAAGUUCUGGGAAUAUUUAAGUUUUGCUUUGUUACAGGAUCUACCUGUAGUUUGACAUAACUCAACAAUACUUUCAGUUAGUAUUUCCUCUUCUUUUGAAAUGUAUUGAUGGAUUAGUGGUUACACGCGUCUCGGGUGGAAGGUUAGAACCUGAUUUAUUUCCAGAUGUUUCAUUUUUUGUUCCAGUGUUAAAUCAUUUUUAACAGCAAUGUUUUUCUUCUAAUUAUUUUUUGGUGGAAGUGGAUUUCAGAAAUAUGAUUGGCUUGUCAUUCAAUAAAAAUUGUUAGUAAAGUA